GAUUAAUCUUCAUGCUAAAAGCGUUAUAACAUGAAUACAGCUAAAUUUUCUGCAAUUUAUUAUUAAGCCGGUUGUGUGACGUUUAUUUGUGAUUAGUUUGCAAAGUGUAGAAUAAAAUUAAUAAUUUUCUUUCUACAUUUCAUUAAUAUUGGUUUAGUUAUUAGCUUUUUAUAACUAUGUACUUAAAUGCAGUAUUAUUUAAUGUCAUGUUUUCAUUAAUAUAAAUAUCAACAUAUUUUCAUUUGACCAAUAUUAUAUUGGUUUCUUUUUGCAAGUUAUAUUGGAAUAUAUUAUUCAUAUACCAUGUCAAAUAAAAAGGAAUUACCAGAAUUGCAAAUUUUUAAGACAGUAUUGUAUCACUGUUUAAUAAUAUUAGUUUUACCUGUGCUGUCGUUCUUUGUGAGCAAGAUCUUUAUAUUCGAUGGUUUAUUGGGAACAAAUAGUAUACCUAGCAAUGUAUAUUCGGCAGGAGUUGCAAUCGUGGUCUUACAUAUUGCAUUGGGAGCCUUUAUAUACAGAGCAUAUUUUGACGAACGAUCUAAGACAGAAGUCAAGAAAGAUUAGUCCUUUUAUUAGUCCACGCGUGCAAUUUAGUACACUUCCAUGAUUCAUCUACAUUUAAUCACAGUCAAGACAUUGUUAACAAAAAAUGUGGUUCGCUUGUAUAAUUGUAAUAUAUAAUUUACAUAAGCUUGAUGAUAUUUAAUAUACAAAGUGUUUUGAUUAUGUAAGAUACAUCAGGUGCAUGAUAUAGCAAAAGUUAAUAUCAUUUGUAUGAUGAAAAAAAUAUGUUGAAAAUGAAUAACAAACAUUCCUAUUGAAUUUAAAACUCUAUUAUAAUAUUUUUUAUAUUAAUAUAGAUAUUGGGAGUAGAUGAUUUAAUUUUUAAUUUCAAUAAACUUUCGUUAUUUAAUGUUUUUUCAAAAAUUAAUGAAAAAUCAUAUUACGAUCAUUGAA